AUGUUUCCAAAGUUUUCUUCGUCCGAUCCUGCCCCAUUCCCUCUGUCUACCACGGUAGACCCAUGGAUCCAAACAAACCUCGUCGAUAAGAUUUUCAAUGGCAACCUGACUCUAUUGGAAGAGGCCGUGGCGGCAGCAGUUUCUUGGGAUAUUCCUCAGUUGAAAGACUGGGGCAUCGUCGACGCCCACAGCUUCCUCUUAUUCCUCAGCGCCAUGCUGAACUGGGUGCCCUCGGAAGUGUGCAGCGGGAAGCUCAUCUACAAUACGUUCUGCGUGCUCUACUUCGUCCUCGAUCAGAGCCCCAUCAACAUUGCCCCGUACUCGACUCCAAUUAGACCAUACUCUAUCGGACAGAACCCUUUGCCACUGAGUCAAUGGACAAUCGACUUCGCCAACAAGGUUGGCAGCUGGAUGGACAAUAGCAGCUCGAUCAACGCCGCCGCACUCCAAUCUUUUCAGGAAUCUCCUCGAUACAACUACGACGAGGCCGUUGUGCCAUCCGGAGGCUGGCAGAACUUUAAUCAGCUCUUUGCUCGCUUUCUGAAGCCUGGUAUGCGGCCUAUCAGCGCAGGAACCCCCUUAGACAAAGACUAUGAUCGUCUUGUGGUUUACCCCGCCGACUGCACUUUCGAUGGUGCCUGGCCAGUGAAUCAAAAUAACGACAUCAGUAUCAAAAAUGUCCCUUGGAAUAUCAAAGACCUCUUGGCUGGCAGCCAGUAUGCCGCCCAGUUCGAGGGCGGUACCUUUAUGCAUGCGUAUCUCAACACGUACGACUACCACCGUCAACAUGCACCGGUCGCUGGAACCGUCGUCGAGGCCAACGUAAUCAAGGGCCUCGCAUACUUGCAGGUCAUAGUCGAUCCCGAAACAGGGAAGCUGAAGCCCCAUCGCAGCUAUACUUCCCCAGACGCUCAAGCACAGCAGAACGGGGAUGUGGACGGGGUAGGCAGUGCUCUCAGCAUGCCCGACGAGGCCGGAUACCAGUUCCUCCAGGCCCGAGGUUGCGUCAUCAUCAAGAAUCCUCUUCUCGGCUACGUUGCCGUGCUGCCCAUCGGCAUGGCGCAGGUCUCGUCCGUGAAUCUCAAGUGGCAACCCGGGCCAGGUCAGCAGUACCCGAUUCAGCCGAAUGUGGACAUCAACAAGGGCGACGAGAUAUCCCAUUUCGAGUUUGGAGGUUCCGAUAUUAUCCUUGUAUUCCAGAAGGAUGCCGAGGUCCACAUUCUCGGUGCUCAGGGGGCCAGUGCUGAUAACAUCCCAACAAGCAAGCAGAAAUACCUGGUUGGCAUGCCCCUGGGUUAUUCCACAAAGGGCCUGACUUCUGGUAGCAACACCAACGGAGCUACCAAUGGGCAUAAAUGA